GCGACCGCCGGGUCCCUUCUCUCUCUCUCUGUCACUACUCAUGAAUUUGUAUUAUUUUCUUUCUCAAAUUCUUCCCAAAAUGGAGCUGAAUAAUACUUUCCAUCUUCAUUCCGCUUCUCUGGCAACUAUUCAUUCAGUUUCCGUUUCUCUUCCUCAACCACGCGCCGCUGUACCGAUGUAGUUUUUAGUGAUCGUCGUCUUGCUAGUAAAAUGUGAAUGAUGCAGCUGACCAGAUUAGUUCAAGGUUUCCGAAGCCAUUUUGCAGUCGAGCGAGGUUUUGACAACUGAAUAGGAACUUGGGAAGCACGGAAGAGGAGAUGAAAGAGGAGUCAACUGGAUUGGCAAUUGGGAUUUCGAUAGGAGUGGUGAUUGGAGUUCUUUUGGCAAUUUUAGCGCUAUUCUGCUUUAGAUACCAUAGGAAGCGGUUGCAGAUUGGUAUUAGCAGUUCGAGGAGAGCAGCUAAUGUUCCAAUUCGAACAAACGGAGCUGAUUCUUGUACUAUUCUAUCAGACUCAACAGUUGGUCCAGAAUCACCGGUGUUCAGCCGGACUGGUAUGUCCUCAUGGCUUGAUGGAUUCAAGAGAAGCAGUGUGAUCUCGGCAUCUGGGAUUCCCGAAUAUUCUUUCAAAGAUCUGCAAAAAGCAACCGGCAAUUUUACGAGUGUAAUAGGACAAGGGGCAUUUGGUCCUGUUUAUAAAGCUACAUUGCAAUCUGGUGAGACUGUUGCUGUUAAGGUGCUGGCAACCAAUUCUAAACAAGGAGAGAAAGAAUUCCAGACAGAGGUGAUGUUAUUGGGAAGAUUGCACCAUAGGAACCUCGUGAAUUUGGUUGGAUACUGUGCUGAAAAAGGCGAGCAUAUGCUUGUGUAUGUCUACAUGAGUAAAGGCAGCCUAGCUUCUCACUUGUAUGGUGAUAAGAAUGGACUAUUAAGUUGGAGUAUGAGAGUUCGUAUAGCUUUAGAGGUAGCAAGGGGUUUGGAGUAUCUCCAUGAUGGGGCAGUUCCUUCAGUAAUUCACCGGGAUAUCAAAUCAGCCAACAUUUUGUUGGAUCAGUCCAUGAGAGCAAGGGUUGCUGAUUUUGGGCUUUCAAGAGAAGAGAUGGUAGACAGUCAUGCAGCUAACAUCAGAGGAACUUUUGGUUAUCUUGAUCCUGAGUAUAUAUCUUCAAGGACUUUCAAUAAGAAAAGCGACGUUUACAGUUUCGGAGUAUUACUUUUCGAGCUUAUAGCUGGAAGAAAUCCUCAACAGGGCCUUAUGGAAUACGUUGAGCUUGCUGCUAUGAAUUCUGAUGGGAAAGUUGGGUGGGAAGAACUUGUCGAUUCCCGUCUCGAUGGAAAUUUCGGUGCUCAAGAGCUGAAUGAAGUAGCAGCACUCGCAUACAAAUGCGUUAACCGUGUCCCGAAAAAGCGACCUUCCAUGAGAGACAAUGUACAAGUCUUGUCGCGGAUUUUGAAACAAAGGCAGAACACCAAACAUAACCGAAACACGGUGUCGACAACAACGGAUGAAGUCGCCAUUGAUGUUGAUCCAGCGGAAGCCAGGAGUAGUCCAAUGCCUGAACUCAGAAGGCAACAGUCCAUGGAUAGUACAGCAGAUUCAUGUGAAGUUUAGAAAAUGGUUCUUUCUUUCGCCGUUCAUAUAGUUUUUCAUUUCUUUGAUUCUCGUAGUCUUGACUGGCUUUUUCUCAACCCAACAUACCAGAAAGGACAAAAAAGUAGGCAGAAGUUAACAAGGUUGUGCACCAAAACUUCUGCUCCAGCCCCCAAAAUUUCAUGUAACAUAGUCGAUCCAUCCUUUUUUUUUUUUCCUUUUUAAAUUGUUUUUUUUCCCUAACCGAAAAGUAUUUGUAUAUUGAUGCAUCAGAAUUGAGAACUGAGGAAAGAAGGCUCGUUUCCUGCAUUCCCUUAUUUGCUAAAAAAUUAAA